AUGGAGACCAAAUUUGUGGUAAUCUGUCUCAAAACCCUUCUCCUCACAUACUCCUUUGCCUUUUGGGUCACUGGAGUGAUUCUGUUGGCUUUUGGAGUCUGGGGAAAACUUAACCUGGGUAUCUAUUUAUCUCUUAUUGCCAGGCACUACGCAGAUAUUCCCUCUGUGCUUAUUGUAACUGGCACCAUGAUUGUCAGUUUUGGUCUAUUUGGAUGUGUUGCUGCAUGCCUAGGUAACCCGUACAUGUUGAAGCUAUAUUCUUUGUUUCUGUCACUGAUUUUCCUGGUUGAGCUUCUUGUUAGCAUUUCAGGGCUUCUGUUUCAUCGUGGGAUCAAGGCAAGCUUCCUGAACAUUUACACCAAUGCAGUGCAAAAUUAUAAUGGCAAUGAUGACAAGAGCCAGGCUGUGGACCAGGUGCAGUAUAGCCUGAUCUGCUGUGGUGUGAAGAACUACACCGACUGGAAAACCAGCCCCUACUUCAUGGAUCAUGGGAUCCCUCGAAGUUGCUGUAAGGAUGAAAGCGAUUGUAACUCCCAGGAUCUACACAACCUGACUGUAGCUGCCACCAAGGUUAACCAGAGGGGCUGCUAUGGUCUGAUGAUGAGUUUCUUGGAGGCAAACAUGGGGACCAUCAUUGGAGUGCUCUUUGUAGUCACAUUCUCUCAGGUGAUUGGCCUGAGACUGUCCUGCUGUUUGUCCCGGUUCAUCGUGGCCCAUCAACGUGAGAUGGUAUGA